GCAGUUUAGCUCAAGCUGCUGCUAAAGAGCUGUAUUGAUCUGAAGGGUAAAUGUGUAGAGAGAGCCAGAGAGCUAGAGAGAAAGAGAGAGAUCCAGAUCCAAUCAUUUCUUAGAAGAGAGACAAUCUCUCUGCCAGAAAGAAAGUGCUUUCAACCCAUCUGUGUUCCUUGUCACAUCUUUGGUGAAUGAAAAAGAGGACGCCUGUGAAAGCUGUUCGUUGCUACGGUGGGGUACAGACAAGGUUUCCCUUAGCCGAAGCUGCUGUUGCAUCUUGCGGCCGCUGCUGCUUCUCUUACUGCUGCAGUUGCAUAUAGCAGAUCACUGUUACCAGUUUCAAGUGCUAAUUUGGGGUGUAAGGACUUAAAAUUUUGCUGCUGAGAACAUCAAGAGAUGUGGGAUUCCUGCUGCAGACAGUGAGGAGUUCAACGUCAACAGCAAAGGACAGCCCAGGAUGUCUCUCUACCUGGAGGGUGCUGAUUGAAAACUUCAAUUGUUUUCCAAAUAAACAGUUGAUUGCAAGCGCUUGCUGCUUUCUCUUAGCUUUGUGAAAAGAGAGGAUUUUCAAUUAAGGUCUCUUUAGAUGGAAUUUAAUGCAGCAGAAACCUUGCCACCAGAAGGAUUAAUGUCUGCAUUAGCAUUUCGGCAAUAAAAAAAUCCGGAGCUAAGUGGUGGAGGCCCUCGGACAGCCUCAAACCUGGAUUCUUCAACUCAUCAUUCCGUGUUGGAGUUUUUAAUUACUUGCUGUAGGGAAACCAUUGCCAAUGCUUACAAGGAACUGCUUAUCCCUCCUUCUCUGGGUCCUGUUCGAUGGAGGUCUCUUAACACCACAACCACAACAGACUUUAGAAGCUGAACCAAGGGGAAAUGUUGCCACAACACCAGAACGGAGGAUGCCCGCCGUGCGGGUCAAGCGAGGCUGGGUGUGGAAUCAGUUCUUUGUGCUGGAAGAAUACAUGGGCUCCGAACCUCAGUACGUGGGAAAGCUUCAUUCAGACUUGGACAAGGGAGUGGGAAGUGUUACGUAUACAUUAUCAGGAGAUGGAGCUGGUACAGUGUUUACCAUUGAUGAGACCACAGGGGACAUUCAUGCCAUAAGAAGCCUUGAUCGUGAAGAGAAGCCUUUCUACACUCUACGAGCUCAAGCAGUGGACAUAGAAACAAAGAAGCCACUGGAACCUGAAUCAGAGUUCAUAAUCAAAGUUCAGGAUAUUAAUGAUAAUGAGCCAAAAUUCCUUGAUGGGCCUUACGUUGCAAGUGUUCCUGAGAUGUCUCCUGUAGGGGCAUAUGUGCUGCAGGUCAAAGCAACAGAUGCUGAUGACCCAACAUAUGGAAACAGUGCCAGAGUGGUUUACAGUAUUCUUCAGGGACAGCCAUAUUUCUCCAUUGAUCCCAAGACAGGUGUUAUAAGAACAGCCUUGCCAAACAUGGACAGAGAAGUCAAAGAACAAUAUCAGGUUCUCAUUCAAGCCAAGGAUAUGGGAGGACAGCUUGGAGGAUUGGCGGGGACUACUACCGUGAACAUCACUCUCACAGACGUCAAUGACAAUCCACCAAGAUUCCCCAAGAGUAUAUUCCACUUAAAAGUACCUGAGUCUUCUCUCAUUGGUUCCGCCAUUGGAAGAAUCAGAGCAGUGGAUCCUGACUCUGGGAGGAAUGCAGAAAUUGAAUAUACUAUUGUUCCAGGAGAUGGAGGAAACUUGUUUGACAUCAGCACAGAUGAAAACACACAAGAAGGGAUCAUCAAGUUGAAAAAGCCAUUAGACUUUGAAACAAAAAAGGCAUACACUUUUAAAGUAGAGGCCUCAAAUGUCCAUCUUGAUCAUCGCUUCCAUUCUGCUGGCCCUUUCAAAGAUACUGCGACAGUCAAAAUCAACGUGUUGGAUGUGGAUGAACCUCCAGUUUUCAGCAAACAUUUUUAUACCAUGGAAGUUUAUGAAGAUACUCCAGUUGGAACAAUUAUAGGAGCUGUGACUGCUCAGGACCUUGAUGUUGGCAGCAGCGCCGUCAGAUACUUCAUAGACUGGAAGAGUGAUGUGGACAGCUACUUUACGAUAGACGGAAUGGAAGGAACUAUUGCCACAAACGAAUUAUUGGACAGAGAGAGCACAGCACAGUACAAUUUUUCUAUAGUUUCAAGUAAACUUAGCAAUCCACUAUUAACCAGCAAGGUCAAUGUCAUCAUCAACGUCUUAGAUGUCAAUGAAUUUCCUCCAGAAAUUGCGGUGCCCUAUGAAUCUUAUGUGUGUGAAAAUGCUAGACCAGGACAGGUAAUCCAGGUUGUUGGUGCUGCAGACAAAGAUUUGUCACCUGCUGGGCAAAAAUUCUCUUUUCGACUGUCACCUGAGGUUUCUACAAAGCCAAAUUUCACAGUCCAUGAUUUCAGAAACAAUACAGCUGGGAUUAUAGCCAGAAGAAGUGGAUAUAGCCGUCGGCAACAAGAGCUGUAUUUUCUUCCAGUUGUGAUAGAAGACAGCAGUUAUCCAAUACAAAGUAGUACAAACACAAUGACAAUCCGUGUUUGCAGAUGUGAUUCUGAUGGUACCAUCCUCUCUUGCAAUGUUGAAGCCAUCUUCCUGCCUGUUGGACUCAGCACAGGAGCCUUGAUAGCAAUCCUGUUGUGCAUUGUUAUACUUCUAGUUAUUGUGGUUCUGUAUGUAGCCUUGAGACGGCAGAAGAAAAAAGACACCCUAAUGACCUCAAAAGAAGACGUCCGAGACAAUGUCAUCCAUUAUGAUGAUGAAGGAGGUGGUGAAGAGGACACCCAGGCUUUUGACAUUGGGGCCCUGAGGAAUCCUAAAGCAAUCGAGGACAACAAAAUGCGCAGAGAUAUAAAACCAGAGGCUCUCCGCUUGCCUCGUUCAAGACCAUCCGCUGAGGACAAUACAAAUAUCAGAGAUUUUAUAAAUCAAAGGCUGAGAGAAAAUGAUGGAGACCCCUCAGCUCCCCCUUAUGACUCACUAGCGACAUAUGCUUAUGAAGGAAAUGGAUCUGUGGCUGAAUCUCUCAGCUCUAUAGAUUCCCUUGCAACUGAAGCAGACCAGGAUUAUGAUUAUUUGAGUGACUGGGGACCACGUUUCAAAGUCUUAGCAGAGAUGUUUGGAGAAGAAGAAAGCUAUAAUCCUGAUAAAAUUACUUAGCUGGGGGGAUAGAGGAAAAAGGAAAAGUUAACCCAUGGCAGAUUUUGAAAUGAGCAAGCUUUAUAGAACAAGAUCCUUUUGAUGAUAAGAGACAGAAUCUGUUUCCAGCAAGCUCCUAUAUUUAUCAUACCGUCAAUCUUGGUUUAACUAUUUGUCAAAGGAAGGAUCAUCCUUGACUUUUUUUUGUUGGUUGGUUGAUUUUUAUUAUUAUUAUUUCCUUGGAUUCACAGUGAGGCAAUCUCAGGCCUAUUCACUACAGUUUACUGUUAUAGAAAAUACCCAGAAGGAAGGAAAGCUUUCCAGCAUCGUGGUGGAAGAGUGGUAGAUUUUUCUUAAUUCCACUGAAGUGCCUAUUGAAACUCUUACCAUUUAAAGUGGAAGUGAUUGCAGCAAUGGAGUGAUGGAAAACUGACAUAAAGAAAAGGACAUUAAUCUUUAUGUCGAGAAGCAAUAGCCACAUGCUGACUUCUGAUUCUUUUAAAACACAGCAGCUGGAAUCUGUCCAGUGACCACAACUUGACGGGGAUAAUGUUUUAAUCUUAUUGGUUUGUUUUUGCUUUUGUUUUGUUUUUUAAACCGGGAAACAUUUUUUAUUCCUACACUUCACAGGGAGGGGGGUAAUUAAAAAAGUGGUUAUUCCCAUUCAAGUUGUAAAGUUGUAAACUUAAUUCAAUGGAUAUUUAAAAUGUUCAUCAAAAUGUUACACUUUUUCAAGAAUUAAAAAAAUGAGAUGUGACAGAAUCA